ACAAUGGCUAGAAUUCCUCUAUUCCUUCCCCUCCUAAUCUUGCUGAGCCUCAUCAAACCCUCUCACGCUGGUGGCAUUGCCAUCUAUUGGGGUCAAAGUGGCUACGAAGGAAGCCUAACCGAAACAUGUGCGACAGCAAAAUACUCCCAUGUAAUCAUAUCUUUCCUAAACCAAUUUGGCAAUGGCCGAACCCCAGAAAUCGACCUUGCGGGUCACUGCAACCCAGCAUCCAAUGGGUGCACCGUAAUUAGCAAUGGCAUAAGAAGUUGCCAAGCUCGAGGAGUUAAGGUGCUGCUCUCCAUUGGAGGAGGAAUUGGAAGUUACUCUCUAGCUUCUUCAUUGGAUGCUCAAAAUGUAGCUGAUUAUUUGUGGAACAAUUUCUUGGGUGGGCAAUCACCUUCACGUCCUCUAGGUGACGCCGUAUUAGAUGGUAUAGACUUUGACAUAGAGCUUGGCUCAACAUAUCAUUGGGCAGAUCUUGCUCGUUGCCUGAAGGCAUAUAGCCAGCCAGGAAGAACAGUGUUGUUGAGUGCAGCUCCUCAAUGUCCAUUUCCUGAUAUGUUUCUUGGUAACGCUCUUAACACAGGGCUUUUCGACUACGUUUGGGUUCAGUUCUAUAAUAAUGCUCCAUGCCAAUAUAGUGUGGGUAAUAUCAACAACCUUAUAAGUUCAUGGAAUCGAUGGACUACGUCCAUAAAUGCAGGGAGUGUGUUUAUAGGGUUACCUGCGGCUCCAGGGGCGGCCAGAAGCGGGUAUAUUCCACCCAGUGUGCUAACUUCUCAAAUCCUUCCGGUGAUAAAGCAGUCACCUAAGUAUGGAGGUGUGAUGCUUUGGUCCAAGUAUUUUGAUAAUAGGAGUGGAUAUAGUUCCUUCAUCAUAGCGAGUGUGUGA